UUUGCUACUUUCUGCCGCCGCUGUCAGUGUAGAUCUGCUGCCACUGACGAAGAGACAAGAUUACUACAAGGAUCCUGCAAUCCCGACGCUUCGACGAGCCAUAUGGCCACAGCAGCCGCCGUUCUUUCUUUUAACCUGGGGCCCACUACUCUUUAAAAAUUCCGCCGAAAAAGAGAAGACGAUUUACUGAAACCUUCUGGCCGUUAUCUCACGGCUCCCCCAUCUCUGCACAGGUGUAUGAGCGCUAUCCAGAGGGCCUAGGGGCGGCUCUGUACCGGGAGCACUUUGACUUCAACGCUGAGCCGCCUUGGGAUCCUAGCUGAUAGCGGUACAAGUCCGUCUCCAGACUUGUCCAUUUUGUUGCAUAACCGGUAGGACCCCCCAAUUGGCUCAGUCGUGACCCGCUCGCCACAAACUAGCCCUCACUCGUCGUUCUUUAUGAGUUUUGGCUCGCUGGAAUACGGAUAAGAUGAAAGGAUUCACCGACCGACCCGACGGCUACACCGUCGAGCUGCUGGAGAGCGGCGCCACCCUCAAUGAUGUCAUUGACGAGCGCAUUUGCCAACAGGCCCUGGCGGAGAAGAGAGCCUUCAUGGUGGCUGAUUUGGGCGCUCUGAUGCAUCAGCACGCCUGCUGGAGAAGCACCGCGCCGCGCCUGCAGCCGUACUUUCCGCUCCGGUGCAACCGCAGCCCGGCGGUCGUGGAGGUGCUCGCCUCUCUGGGCCUGGGCUUCGUCUGCGCCAGCAAAACUGAAGUCAACCUGGCGCUGGAGCACGGCGCGUCGCCCAACAACAUCAUACUGGCGGGUGUCUGCAAGCAGCUGGCGCUCGUUAAGGCCGCCGCCAAGCACGACGUGUGCCACCUUGUCUGCGAGAAUGAGGCUGAACUGGCCAAGAUCGCGCGCCUCCACCCACGUGCCAAAUUGCUGCUGCAGCUGAGCACGGAGGCCCACGCUGCCGAGACCAGCGUGGCCUUUGGGGCCACUCUGAAGAGCUGCUGUCACCUGCUGGAGGUGGCCAAGACGCUCGGCGUGCGGGUGGUGGGCGUGGCCUUUCAUGUACCGACCUCCUGCCAGGAACCGCAGCGGGCCUACGGUCAUGCCCUGGCCGACGCUCGCUGCCUCUUUGACAUGGGGGCGGACCUCGGCUUCACCAUGAACAUCCUGGACAUUGGCAGUGGAUUCACCGGCUCUGAAUUCCAACUCAAAGAGGUGGAAGCUGCCGUCAGCCCGCUACUUGACGCAUUCUUCCCGCCGUUGUCUGGUGUGCAUGUGCUGGCCCAGCCGGGCUCCUUCUACGUGGCGUCAGCCUUCAGCCUGGCCGUCAGUGUUAUCGCCAAGGAGGUGGUAACCCGCCGCUGGGACGCCUUCACUCCAGCAGGCAACGACAACGCAGAGUGUGCCGAAUUCCUGUACUACAUGAACGAGGGCGUUUAUGGCCCGUUUGGCGCCAAGCUCCUGGGGAACACCAUCACCGCUCCGGCGGUGCACAAGCAGGUGCCGUGCGCCGCCACUGCGGCGUACCCAAGCUGUCUGCGGGGUCCCACGCUGGACCAGAUAGACCUGGUGGUGGAGCGCUGCCUCCUGCCCGAGCUCAGUGUGGGCGACUGGCUGCUCUUUGCCAACAUGGGCGCCUGUGGCCUGGAUGUCCUCGCUGGACACACGUGUGCCUCACCGCAGCCGCCCGUUUACUACGCCGCCACCUUCUCCGACUGCGAUCGAACAUUUGCCAGAAGAAUGGAAGGCACGCCCGGGCGAGCUGGGUUGGCCGGCAGCCUGGCCCGGACGCCUCCGCGCUUGCCCCUCUUCUGCCUCCUCGCACACCGCUUCCGACGCUUUCCAUCCGGGGGAAGAAUAGCAGGUACAAAAUGCAGGAAGUGGGCGUGACGCUGGAGGGUGCCGUCAAGACCUUUGCCUUUGUGUAGUAGCCCUAAAAGCUCCCCUCACCACCCCCAAGCGUCUCGCUGUGGUCGACAUUCCAGCCAGCAUUUUAUCACAAAAUACUCCCUUCCUCCCACCAUUCUUUUUUUGCCCUGCCAUGUCCAUUCUUUUUUUGCCCUGCCAUGUCCAAUCAAUCCCGCCCAAGUGAUAUUAUGCAACAAAAUGGACGACUCUGGAGAUGGAACCCUCCCCCACCACCGCCACACUAACCCAGGACUGGAUGGGGGGGGGUUCCACUCAUUAUGAUCAUAAUAAUAAUCCCUUUUACAAAAUUGCUAAUUGUGUGUGUGUACAUUUUUGAAGAAUAUUAAUGUACCUCAGACCCCAGCAUAGCUAAAAUGAAAUUAUUUCAGAUUUUUUGUGUAUUUAUUGGAUCAAGUUGUGGCUGUGGCGACGGCUUUCUCCUAAUAAUGUUUGUUUGUUUCCUAAAUGGCUUCUGAUGUUCUGUGACUGUCAUUUCUCAACUGAAAAUGGCCACCGACUCAUCCCCUGGCCCAUUUGUACAGUUCGCUUCAUGAAAGGCAACCCCUCUCUGUGUGCCUGUGUUGCAAAAAGAACUCAUGUAUUCAGAACGACUUUCUGUUUAAAAGCACAAAUGGACCACACCCUUGUUUUUUUUGUUGGUUGGUUUUGAACUGUCAGUUGUGUUUGUUGAAGUAAUGAAAGUGAUUAAUUUAAUACAUUACAGACUGAAAUCAUU